CUCGGAGUCGUUUUCCGGAUAACGGAAAACAGUCCGCCAACUCCAACCUCUCUCGAUCUCCAUCUGCACCGCCUUCAGAUCCGCAACCUCAAUUGCAUCGCAGAAUCACUAUGGCAGGCUCACCUUUUGUUACCAAGGACAACUAUGUCCCCGUCAAAGCACCCAAAACAUUCGCCGACUUCCCGUCCUUCGAUGGGUUGCCAGACAGACGCCGUUUCUGGGUCUGGGGCCCUCCCGGGUCUGAGGAAGAGGCUCUUGGAAUGCUCAACAUGCUCACACCAGAACUAGUAGCUUCUGCUGCUGCUAAGGAGAUCAAAUACGGAGAGCGUGUUGGUCUUGGAUGGACAUUCGACAAGCUCGAUUUCCCGCCCUUCAAGCGUGCAAAUUUCAAGCACGACAUCAAAUGGGUGUCCUUCCCGUUCGCGUUCGAUGACGAGUACCACAUGAACCCCCAACAGUCGUCUCAAUGGGAUGGAUUCCGUCACCACUCUCAGUUCGUUGACCCAAAUGUCACUUCGCGCGAAGAACUAGCAGGCGUCAGUGAUCCCGAUGAGGCAAGUAUCUGGUAUGGCGGUACUUCUGCGCAUGAGGUGCUUGACCGCUCAAACGACCGUAUCAGUAUUCACCAUUGGGCAAAGAAGGGAAUCGCUGGCCGUGGUGUCUUACUGGAUUACGCUUCUUGGGCCGAUGAACAAGGCAUUAAGUACUCCACCUUUGAUAAGCAUGCAAUCCCCCUGUCGGAUUUGCUCAAGGUUGCCGAGCGCUACAAUGUCACUUUCGAGCCCGGCGAUAUUCUCUGUGUUCGGAUAGGCGUCACGAGAGAAUGGCUUACAAAAGACGACGAAUGGAAGGCCCAGUACCAGAAGACUGUCCCGCCGGAUCACGCUGGUAUCGAACAGUCUGAAGAGCUACUACGAUUUAUCUGGGAUAAUCACUUCACCGCCCUGAUCGGAGACGCAAUUGCUUGGGAGCUCUAUCCUAACCCCAACCAGAGCCUGUCAGUUCACCAGACUGUCCUUGCCGGAUGGGGUGUUCCGCUUGGCGAGCUUUUCGAUCUGGAGGCGCUGGCAGCGCUUUGCAAGGAGAAGAACAAAUACUCGUUCUUCUUCACUAGCAUGCCGUUUAACGCGGUGGGUGGAGUGUCCUCCGCUCCCAAUGCCAUGGCCAUUUUGUAAAUUACUAUAUUGCAGUCGUUUUGGCAAUACCAAAAGAAACCUAUUAUUGAUCGUUGAAGAAUCAGAUCUGUGCAGCAUUUCUGUAGAGUUGUCAUCG